AUGGCUAUCUGCGGCCAGUGGCAGGGCCACGGCCAGGGCCAGGCCAGCACCUUAAUGUUACUGAUCCUGAUAGCCUUCCUGAGCUUAGGCCAAGCCACGGAAACCUGGCAGCGAUUGCCUUCCCUGGAAACCUUCUCCACAUAUGAGGACAUGCAACGUUACUUUGAUCAGCGUAAUUCGCGCAGCAUGCGGCACAUUGACAAUCCCACGGACGACAGCUACCUGGCAGCCUUCAAUCAGUACAACGAGCAGAAGGUGGAGCAGACACCUCCUAAACAGUUGACCAACUCCCACCCCAGGAUUAAGCGAGAGCAACGCCAAUUGCCCACUGCCCCGAGAAUGCUCCGUUUUGAACUGGCGGAUGCCGUGGAACCGAGUCCAGAACUUAAGCAAAUCCUUCGGCAAUAUCAUGCCAGAGCCUUGAAGGAAAAUCCAACUCCUAUGAGUCCUGUCAGUACCACUCAGGCACCUUCUCCAGCUAUCAGCACUACCAAGGCCACCAAGAGUAAAUCCCGAAAACCUCGUCGUCAGCGACGUUCGGUUAUUGGAUCCCAACAGCCUGCUGACUUUAAAGUAAAGAUGAUACCUUUUGAGGAAACCGAUGCACGGGAACCCGAUCCCAUCACAGCUCAGCUGAUCAAGAAGGCCCGCACUCUGGAUCUCCAAAGCCAGGCCACCAGAUCUGGCGACAUUCACCAGAUUAAGCCCCAAGCAGCUAGGAAGCAGCCCUUUCAGGUGAGGAUUCGCAAGACGAAGCGCUCCAAGCGCUCAGCUCCGCAGAUGUUCAAGUUUGAGUUGGCGGAUGCCAAGCCUUUGCCUCAAAGAUCCGGAAAACAGUUGGUAGGCGAAACAGUGCCGACCCUCCUGACCAUGGAAACCCCAGCAAGGAAUAAGACUCAGCCAUCUCAGAUGACCACACCCUCACCUCGGGUGGAGGACAAUGAUAUCCUAACUGGUGAAGCCACGGCGGAAACCAAGCGCAUGUAUGUUUAUAAGGAGUCACCUCACACUUCUGGACAUGUGAAGACUAAGAAGUCGUUGAGCACACUGCCACAUGAGGUACAGAAGGUCAUAGGUCAGCUGAUGAAAGAUGGAAUGGGUGGCAAGGCGUAUAUCAAGUAUCUUCCUGCCCAGAAAUCCGAUUACGAACACUACAAGGCUAAGCCCCUGUCCUAUGGCUCCAAGCCUCUGGGUAACUAUAUGAAGUACAUCAACAAACCAGUGGAACCAUCGGUAGCUCCAGCUCCUGUCCAAGUGCACAUCCAACCGGUUCCUGUGGUCGAGCAACUCCGUUAUGUUUACAAGCCCAGCUAUGUGGCAGCUGCUCCUACAAUAGCCCAACCCAUUGUGGUUCAAGAGGCGCCUGCUCCCACAGUUGCAGUUGAGGAAGUGCACCACACCUACACCGCAGAGCUGGCACCGCCGCCCACCCAGAGUCUGGAUGUGAUUGUGCCACAAUUCAGGCCUUCCAAACCAGAUCCUCUGCUGUCCGAAGCUCCCGCCAUCUACGGAAAGCCCCAGGAAACUUACAACGCCUAUGAACUUCAGCCAGAGGCGUCUCCCUUGAUUAAAAUCGAGUACCAUGCUCAGGCGGAUAGCCUUAAGGAUAACUACAAAGAUCUGCCCGAGUUCCAGCAGCUAUCCACACUUAUUGGCAAGUCCCCAGAUGAUCAGAUCCAUGGCUUAACCUAUCUUCUGGCCAAAGAGAUGCAGGCCAAGUUGCAGAGGCAGGGCAAACAGCUGGUGGAUCGCCCCCAGGAUAGCACAGCUCCGAUUCUGUUCCACCCAGCACAAGGUUCCGCUCCUGCUCCCACUCUGAAAACCCUCUUGGAUCAUGGAUCACUGGGUGUCCAGCCAGGUCGUCUAAUCGGCAUGGCCAAGACCAAGCAAUAUGUGCCCAUUAUUGAGCCCGGUAACAACGAUGUCAAGGAGCUGCCUGCCACCAGCGAAGCCUCCAAGCUGCCCACUCCGAGCUCCUACAUUGAUUACACUCACGGUCAUGGCCUAUCCAAUGGUUAUGAGGGUGUCUCCCAUGUAGAGGAACCUGUGACCACGGUGGAGCAUGUGGUGCACCAUCCGACGGUGGCCACGCAGUUGCAUCAUCAGGUCCAGUAUCCAAGUCAGCACCAGCAGCACGUUCAUCAGCAACACCACGGACUUGUGGCCACUGUCCUGCCGGCGGAACUGGACGCUGACAAGGGCGUCAAUGGUCUGCAUUUCGUAAAUAGCCAGGAGGACAAGUCGCUGCAGCAGUAUGCCUCAAAGUAUGCGUUCGGUUAUCGCAUACGUGAUUUCCAUACCGGCAACGAUUUUGGCCACAAGCAGAAUCGUGAUCUGCACGGCGUGACACGCGGCCAAUACCAUAUCCUCUUGCCGGACGGAAGGAUCCAGAAUGUUAUCUACCACGCCGACGACACGGGCUUCCAUGCGGAUGUCAGCUUCGAAGGCGGCUCAAAACAUUGAAUCUGGUCUAAAUCUAAUGGCUCAAUGUGCAAUCUAAGUUAACUUAAGUUUAAGGUCUUUAUCCCAAAAAACAUAAAUGUGCAAUAACUCGCUGAUUAGUUUCAGUUAAUUGAAGGCUAUUUGUUUGUAAAAUGAGUCUUUCUUAUUGACCCUUUUGGUUUUCUGUUGGCUUGGCUAAUGAGUUUCGCAGGUGAUGCGAAAGGUUUAAGUAGCCAAAAUAAUGUCAGAAAUUAAUGUUUUUGAUACUAUAUACUAGAUACUAGAUACAUAAAUCUCUUUAAACUUUUCAUAGAUACUAACUAAAACUCAAACUCAAGCACCGAUUAAACUAAGAUCAAGCAAAAAAACUAUUCUUUUUCUUCUCUAAACACCCUAAGAAACAAAUUUGUAUUUAACUCUUCAUUUUUAAUGCUAAGACGAUUUUAAGAAUAUUUCCAGGAUAUAAAACUCAUCAAAAUUUGUUUUUUUUAUUAUAAGAAUCUUAAGUUGUUAACUCUUUUUAAGAUAAAACUCUGUUCUCUUCAGCCAAAAAUGCAUAAAAUCCAAACUAUAAGCAUCUUAGCACAGACUGCAAGCUUCUAAAUCCGAUUUGCAAAUUCAAAAGGAAAAAAAUGUACACAGAACAUACGCCCCAUGAUGGCCAUUUAUUGUUUAUUGUUUAACUAAAUACCAAAUAAUGACAUUCUGCAUUUUCCAUUCUUGUUCAAAUGCUAUCAUAGGUAUUAAGUGAUUUCCAUCUCAUUUAUGGUUACUUGAGCACAGCUCAAAUUAGUUUAGGCCCAUGAAAAAUGUAUUUAAAGUUAAGGAGCCAAUUGCAAUGAUAAAACAAUGCCAACCAAUGUGUUUAA